AUUAUUCCCUUCAGUCUUGGUUUUCGGAAAUGCAUUCUAUUUCCCCCCUACGCUUGGCGUCGCAGGUAUACAGUAACCGUGAAAGGACGAGACAUAUUGGCGCUGACAGGGCUGUCGAGCGAAUAAGCGAUCGCAGGCGCCCAGGCGCCAGAUCGUUGGCACGGACACUUCCGAUCGAGUGCUUCAGGAUGAGGUCAGCUAUACGCCCUCCAAAGACACCAGCAGCCUUGGAUGAGCACAGUAUCAUCUUACCAUUGGGUCAUCAAGUAUGACCACGAUUGUGUGAACUCAAAGCUAUGCGCGCCGUGAGCUCUCUUGCCAUUUGAUGACGGCCGCGAAAUCUUCUCAAGGUACGGAGACAGCCUCACAUAAGUUCUGGGCUUGAAGGAUCGUUGCGCCUUGCCAUUUGCGAGUAAUUGUCCUUGCGGGAGUCAUCCAUCUCCCAGCCUACUGGUCAAUAUUACCCAUCCUGAAACUUAUGGCCGCCUUCCUGAUCGUGAGAUCUUUGAGACAUACCCCAUUUGCUGCGAGGUGUCGACAAGGAGGGAAGGCAAGAUGACUGCAGGGUAUGCACUCUUCCUUCCAUCGUCGAAUGUGAAAAUCGUCAGCAUGCCGGUACCGCGACUACAUCGGCGUAUUUCCUUUCCGCUCCCAGAAACAGGCGGCAAAGCCUCUGGCUUGCAGACACCAACGGCCAAAUUUUCUCAUGUUGCCUGUGGAUUCUACGCUGAGUUCCAUCUGUCUAUGGUAUGCUACCGCACUGUUCCCUUCAGUCGUCACGAGUCGCCGCCGGUCAGCAAAUGACAUACGUACUACCACCUGGGCCUAGGACCUCAUUCUCUGUCCUUGGACAACAUUCUCCUCUUGGUCUCGACUCGAGUGGUGGCUGGGUUUCUGGGCACGUGAUGAGGAAUGUCAAAGACCGAGAACAAUGCAUCUCUUCUUGGCGAAUUGCCCUGUGCGAUGUUGAGAACUUCACUCGCCCCGUUUUACGCUGUCUGUCCUUGAGGAAGGUCUGCGACAGGGUUGAUCCUCCAACAAGCCAGCAUCUAUUGUUGUUGUUGUUGUUGCCUAAAGCAAGCCAGGCGAGCAGUGAUGCUUCGUCUUGGAAUACGAGGCAGUGCCCAUCACUUUCCAGAGCUAUUGAACACCGGACAGCAGCAAGCUCAUCCAACACGUUGUGGAGUCGCGACGCGAACCGAACUUCAUGCAGUCAUUGAUUGACCGACCGUUGAUCGAACGGCAGUACACACACCGACCCCCCGACUGCUCCUGACAAGAAGCUCGACUUUGCGCUGCUGUCACACGUCAACGUCAGGGUCAACGCCAGUGUCAACGCAAGUUGAUUGAUAUCCGUGCUUUCAGCUCAGUUAACAUAUAACUCGCGCAAAAGUACGGUGGGCUCCGUUGAGGUGACUGUGUAGCUGCGAUUGUCCGGCGAGGGCUCGAGCUCUUCAACCCUUGUGGGGCGGUUCAACUGCUAACUUUCUCUUCAAGUUCGAUAUGCCCCAACACAACAACACAGACCAUAACCCAUCAACUCCAGAACGGUGCUUGGCGAUGCCGAUAUACCGAUAUAUCAAACUUUCAUUUCGGUGUCUGUGUGCUCGUGCUUGCGGACUUUGAUCUUUCAAUAUGUAAUUGUUUGCGGCGCAGCGCGAGGCUACACGAGCGACAGAAAAUCUCCACUGUAUGGAGAUAAAGGCCGCGAAGGCAUGGUAAGUUGGAACGAGAUGGAGACGGGCGUCGAUAGUUCUGGACGAUCGCGAGGAUCUUUUCGCUUAUCACGAGAAUAUUGUUGUGGCAUUUGAUCAGUCUCGGAGUCAAGUUUGCCAUGGCCAUCCCACCCACAGUUUGAGCAUGCUUGAUCGAGCAGACCGUUUUGUAUCAUCGGUGUCUGAUGUCGUCAAUUCAACCAGGGCACCUGGCUAGGAAAGAAAACAGCCAGGCCCGUGAAAGGCGACUGAACCUGACAGCAAGCGCUCAGAAAGGGAAAUGCACUGUCACGUGCUCAAGGCAUAUCAGGUCGGCGGCAGCAUUGGACUUACAUCACUUUGCACAGCAUGAGAUUUUCCAUUUUCCUCCCUCCUGCCAAUCUCUGCUUCCACAAUUCUACGCCCAGGACCAGAUAUGUGACUCUCCGCAGACAUGAUCUCGUCCUUUGAGGCUGCUCAAACGGACUGACCACCAAUCAAGCGCCUUCGGAAAAAUUCGUUCAAAGCCCGGGUUCUCGAUCGUGAGGCAUGCUUGCGAGAGAUUUGCACAGCGACGUCCUCUCGACGCAUUGAGUCGAGUCGAGUCGAGACGAGGCGAGAAUCAGCACUUCUCAAUUGAAUGAAAUUGGCCACGCAAUCCUCAGCCAGCGCGCACAAAUCAAAUGUUGGCGAAAAAGAUUGACAACGCAAGCAUCUACUAAGGGGCUGGGGGGAGACGUCGCUUUUCAAACCCAGCCGCGUUCAGCACUUUACACAUGGAUGUUUCCAGGACCAAGCCGGAAUGUAAAAGCUCAAACGUGGUCGGCAAACCCUUCAAACAUCCAAAACCCUGCCGUGCUACGGAGUACCAUCCACCCGUUCGUCCCACGCCGGACUGGUAUCACGAUACACCGGUCCUCUCUGCUCCUGGUAAUCAGUCAUCCUGGUAUCCCAAUACUCGUCGGUCGCACGCUGGAAAGUCGUACACUGACCCAUGACCCGGUCCUGGCCUGAAGUUGAUUUUGCCAUGCUCAAUCUAGCUUUUUGGACUGCAGACCGCAUCGCCAUGGCCAGUGGUGUGGUGGAACUGGAGAAUUCCGUACAAACGAGGCUGGAGCCACCAGGGGUUGUGUGGCCUUG